GCGGCGUGUGACGUCGACCUACUCGACUCGUGAGUUCCACAUGGGCUCGCAGUCUUAGUCACGUUUUGUCGCGUACUGUGCUAGGGCUGUAGGGCACUGCCAGUUCAUGUAAUCGUUAGCGUUUGUGUUCUGGCACGCCGAAUCUUGCGUAACAUUUAGGAGCACUUUACUUAUCGUUGCUAGCCCACUGUUACUGUGGAUUUCGCUCCUGACGACCAGAAAGGGGAGCGCUUGGGGCCGACAUUAGGCCUACGGGCGUUGGAUACCGUCGGUGCGAACCGGUUACGUUAUUUAUAUUUUAAUUUAAUUUAAUCAUGGCUUCCACUGGAUAUAACUUAGAGGAGUCUAACGCCGAUAGGAAUGUGGAAAUCUGGAAGAUCAAGAAACUGAUCAAGAGCUUGGAGGCCGCACGGGGCAAUGGCACGAGUAUGAUCUCAUUGAUCAUCCCACCGAAGGACCAAAUCUCCCGAGUAUCUAAAAUGUUGGCCGACGAGUUCGGAACGGCUUCCAACAUCAAAAGCCGGGUGAACCGGCUGUCAGUUCUUGGGGCUAUCACGUCUGUGCAGCACCGGCUCAAGCUCUACACGAAAGUGCCGCCCAAUGGAUUGGUGAUCUACUGUGGCACGAUCGUAACCGAGGAGGGCAAAGAGAAAAAAGUGAACAUCGACUUCGAGCCGUUCAAGCCAAUUAACACGUCACUGUACCUGUGCGACAAUAAGUUCCACACAGAGGCCCUGUCCGCGUUGCUUGCGGAUGAUAACAAAUUCGGCUUCAUUGUGAUGGACGGCAACGGAGCCCUCUUUGGCACUCUUCAAGGCAACACACGGGAAGUGCUUCACAAGUUUACAGUAGAUUUACCGAAGAAGCACGGACGUGGAGGUCAGUCUGCAUUGCGAUUUGCUCGGCUACGAAUGGAGAAGAGACACAACUAUGUGCGCAAGGUAGCCGAAGUGGCCACAACGCUUUACAUAAGCAACGAUAGGCCAAACAUUGCAGGCCUCAUUUUGGCAGGUUCUGCCGACUUUAAAACCGAGCUGAGCCAGUCAGAUAUGUUUGACCCAAGGCUGCAGGUUAAGGUGCUCAAGCUUGUUGAUGUCUCUUAUGGUGGUGAAAAUGGCUUCAACCAGGCCAUAGAGCUGUCUGCCGAGGUGCUGUCCAAUGUGAAGUUCAUUCAGGAGAAGAAACUUAUUGGCCGCUACUUCGAUGAAAUUUCUCAGGACACUGGCAAGUAUUGCUUUGGUGUAGAAGACACACUGAAAGCACUUGAGAUGGGUUCUGUUGAAAUCCUGAUUGCGUGGGAAAAUCUUGACAUUGUACGCUAUGUGCUGAAAAACCACACAAGUGAUGAAGAGAAGAUACUGCACCUGACCCCUGAACAAGAGAAAGACAAGAGCCACUUUCUGGAUCGAGAGACUGGCGUUGAACUGGAGCUGGUGGAGUCGAUGGCACUGCUAGAAUGGCUGGCAAAUAACUACAAGAAUUUUGGUGCCACACUAGAGAUCAUCACCGACAAGUCUCAGGAGGGCUCACAGUUUGUCAAGGGUUUUGGUGGCAUAGGAGGCAUCCUGCGCUACCGUGUGGACUUCCAGUCUCUCGAGGUGAAUGACCUUGUGGAUGACUUUGAUUUAGAUGACCUGUAAACGCCCAGCUAGCUCCUUCGGCACUUUGAUUAGUGGCCGCUGUGCACAUGGAGCUGUCGACUAUUAUAACGCACACUUGGCCAACCCACCUGGCCUUCCACCUGUCCUGGCUGUGCUGUGCAGUGUUCUACAAGGGUGAGCAGCAUUAAAGAAGUUGGGGACGACUUCUACCUCUUGCUGCCUUGCCCCCCUCCCCACUGUCUUCAGGCCAGACAGCAUGUGUGCCCUGCGCCCUCCCCCUUCGUUUGAAGACUGCUUGUGAUGGGGAGGGAAUUCCUAGAGAAUUGCUAUUGAAGCAGUGCUGCUGCCUUUCCUGCACAAGUUGACUUAUUUGUCACUUUGACGGUUAGUUGUGGGUAUGGGAUGAACAAGUUGUGUGCCUUUUGGCAGUGAGGCAAGCGCUAAACUGAAAUGCCCAUGCCAGGAACUGUAUGAAAUUACAGUAGAAUUUGUAUUUUUACAAAUGGUUUGAAUGUGUGUGAAUGAAUUUUUUGUUUUGUUUUUUUACAAUGGUGUGUGGCUGUGUGUGUACAAUGGUUAUAAAUUCCUCCAGGCUUGUGGCUGUGGUUAUUGCCAUCAUAUUCUUAGUAGGCGCUCAUUUUAUUGACAAUGCCAUUGUUAGCAAGAACAUAUUUCCAAGUGGACAGGGUACGCACACACAUUGUAUGAUCCUGGGAGCUAUGCAAGAUUCUUAGGCUGCAGAUUUUUUUUUUUUUUCUCUCUCUAUCUCUCUCUGGCAGUCUAAUUUGGUGCAGUGCUUGUUAAACCUUUUUGCCCUGCUUUUUCAUUUUUUGCCUCUUGGAGGUGGUGUUGGUUUUGCAGGUGAUCGUCUGAAAUGUUGUGUGUGCAUGUGGCAUAGGAUAUGAAUACCCUGGACCUGGCUGUGCUCGUGCAGUUAUUUGUUCUGUGCAUGGUGCUGAAGAAACUGGGACUGUAAGAAAUGAAGAAUGUAUUGACUACAAGUGGCAUCUGAGGUGCAUGUAGAUUGAAUACCCGCAGAUCGUGAACUCAAUGGUUGAUCAGUGGCGUUUACAGGCAACUUAUUGUUGCGGGAAAAUUGUCUCAAUUAAAGUUGGGGAGAACAAG